AUGCGGGAGCUUCAGUCAUCACCAUCGACAGCAGGGGAUGGGAAUGGUAGUGGGGAGGAUGACUUGUAUAAACCUCCUCCGAAUGGUACUAAAACUGGUUCUGAUGAUGACUCAUCUAGUUGUGAUAAGGAGAAUGAUCUGAUGAAGAAAAGAAGCACUGUGAAAGGAAAGGAGAAAGUGAUGCCAAGAAGAAGGGUCACUGUCAAGGAAGGGCCAGGGACAGAGUCAAGUGGGAACAAGAGAGGUGCUGGGAGAAAGACUGCAGGUGCUGCCAAGCCCAAAGGAACUGGGCCUAGUGCGAGGCCCAAAAGAAUCAGGCCCACAGCGAAGCCCAAAGGAAGUGUUCCUCAUCACAAGCCCCAAAAAACUGGUGCUGCUGUGCAUGCUGAAGAAGAUGUUCCAUCUGUGCAGCCCAAUGACAGGCCUCCAAUAGGGCUCUAUAUGAAUGAGGAGGAAUCAGAUGAUGAUGACCCAGUUUAUGAGUAUGCAUCUGAGGACCUUCACACACCAGUGUCCUCAGAGGAUGAGGGAGACAAGCAUGAGUUUCCAGUGUUUAAUGAAGACUAUGGAUUUGGAGAGGGGAGAUUUGAGGUGGGUACCAAGUUUGCAACCAUAGAUGGCUUCAAAGAGGUUGUGAAAGAUAUGUUCAUAGCUGAGGGGAGAGAAUUGUUGUGGAUAAAGAAUGAUAAGGAAAGGGUAAGAGUUGCAUGCAGAGGUGAAAACUGUCCAUGGUUGGCACAUCUAUCUUACAACAAGACACUGCUAUGCUUCCAGGUUAAGACUUACAAGUCUGAGCACACAUGUGCAAGAGAUCUGGGUAGUAAUGCUGCUGAUCAACACUGGAUCAGUAAGAAGGUGAAAAAGCGAAUGGGAAGUCAACCUCAUAUGACAACUAAUGAGGCAACUGAUUUCCUCAGGGAAGAGUUUAACUUAGUUGUGCAUCCGAAGAUGGUAUAUAGGGCAGUAAAGGAAGCCAAGGAAAGGCUAGUAGGAAACGAAAAAGAACAGUAUGGAAAGCUCAGGGAGUAUGGGAUGGAGAUUCUCAAGAGUAAUCCUGGGUCAACAGCAAGAAUUGAUGUGAAGCCUAUCCCUCAGUCCCUUCCUGUCUUUGACAAGAUGUAUAUCUGCUUCGAGGGCUGUAAGCAAGGCUUCAAGAGUGGAUGUAGGCAUUUCAUCCAUCUAGAUGGGGCCUUUCUUAAGACAUACCAUAGAGGUCAGUUACUAUCAGCAGUGGCACAGGAUGCCAACAAUCAGUUCUAUGUUGUGGCAUUUGCGGUUGCAAGAUCUGAGACGAAGGAGUCAUGGAAAUGGUUCCUGACACUACUUCAAGAAGACCUGGGUGAUGCCUCCCAAUUCGGUUGGAACUUUAUGUCCGACCAACAAAAGGGCCUGCUGCCAGCCUUAAAAGAGGUAAUGCCAAAGGCACAUCAUAGAAACUGUGUCAUGCAUAUAUGGAAGAACUUUAUUAAUAGGUUCAAAGACAUGCACAUUAGAGACAUUGUGUGGGAGUGUGCUAGGUGUACAACUGAACCAGAAUUUAAGGAGAAAAUGGAUAGGCUGAAGGGGGUAAACAAUGCGGCAUGGGAAUAUUUGAUGAAAUUUGAACCUACCACCUGGGUUAAAGCCUAUUUUAGUCAUGGAUCCAAGGUGGAUAACCUGGCUAAUAAUAUGUGUGAAGUGUUCAAUGCAAAGGUAGUAAAAUACAGAGUAAAACCUGUUUUGACAAUGUGUGAGGAGAUUAGGUGCUACUUAAUGAGAAAGAUGACCAAGCACAUUAGAUUGUUAGAACACCAUAGGGGUAAGUUAGCACCAGUUCAAGAGAAAAGGUUGCAGAUGAAGAUAAAACCAAGCAGUAGGUGGAUAGCUGAGUGGGUGGGGGACAAUGAAAGAAAAAGGUUUGAGGUCACAAGAAAGAAGACGAAAGUGGACGUGGAUCUAAUCAAGCACACCUGUUCAUGCAACACCUGGCAAUUGACUGGCAUGCCGUGCAUACAUGCUAUUGCUGCUAUCAGAAAGAGGCAUGACCAGGUUGAGGAUUACGUGCAUCCAUGGUUGUGUAUAGAGUCCAUUCACAAGACAUAUGCACAUUGCAUCAAGCCCGUUCUGAGUGAAGAAUUCUGGACCACAACUGAGCAGCUGAGGCCUGCCCCACCACCUAUCAAACGGCCUAUUGGGCGGCCAAAGGUGCACAACCGCAACAAGGACCCUGCUGAAGCUCAUAUUCAAGGAGAAAAGCUGAAAAAGAGCUUCCAGGUUACAUGUAGCAAGUGCAACGAGAAAGGGCAUAAUUAUAAAACUUGUAAAGGAGCUCCAAGCAACCCGAACUGGAAACCAAAGAAGAAGAAACCCAAGAAGACAGUUGACAACUCACAAGCUCUGGUGCUGCUUCCCCUUUCACAAUCAGCCCCUCAACCAGAGGAUCAAAAUCAAUCACAGGGUCAAACAUUGGGUGAACCUAUUGCUGGGGAGGCAGCUGGGUCUGCACCAGUUCCUGCACCAUUUAUGGCCCAACCUUCAGCUCCAGUACAGACUCCAUUCAGACCUCCAUCCCAGCUGCCAAGAAUGGACCAACCAGACUCCAAUGCUGCUGCACAUACUUUCAGACCCAAGCAACCAAUUGUUCGACCACCAACAAGUGCAAAUCCACCACCAAAUCCAACACCACACACACGAAAAACUCCAACCAGCAGGGGACCCUCGAAGGAGACCAUGAAAGCAGCUACCAGUGCCACAAAGAGAAUUCUCAAGCCUCAGAAGAAGUGAACAAGGCAGCAUGAUUUCUGUGUGUUUUUUUUUGGCUAGUUAUUAGCAUGACAUUAGACAAUGCUUAUUAGCAAAGUAAUCUUGGCAAACUUGUUUACAU